CGCUGCCCUGUGAGGGCGGGGGAGCUGGGAGGAGAGAGAAUUUUGGCCGUCAGUGUGUGGCAGGGUCAUGAAAAAGCGGCGGCGGCGGGAGAGAGGAGGAGGUGGCGGUUGGGGAGUGAAACUGCGGUAGCUGCCCGCUGUGCUGGUGGUGGGGCUUUGUGGGGAGGGCGUAGUUCCUAACACCUUUUCCGGGCAGCCGCCGGGGCUCGGGGCUGUGAGCGGCCGUCAGGCUGCCUCCCCGGGCCCCCUGGCUCCGCCAUGUUUCGCAGGGCACGCCUUAGCGUGAAGCCGAAUGUCCGGCCUAGUGUGGGCGCCAGGGGCUCCGCCGCUCCCAAUCCCCAGCGUGGGCAGGAGUCUCCCAGGCCGCCGGAGCCUGCCACGGACUCUUCUUCUAAGCCAGCGGAGCCCACGGAUGUGUCCGCCGUCCAUUUCAAUGGAGCGGAGCCCCAAGAAAAGGCUCCUAGGAUCAGUACUGAAAAGACUGCUAGUGACAAUGAUGUUAAAGAAUCCAGUAAAUCUUCCUCUACUGUUUCACAGAGAAGAAAGCGAGUAUCAAGUACUUCUCCUUUGGUUAAGUCUAGUGUCAGUGUUUCUUCAGAAUCCCAUCCCUUAUCUACUGUUAAUCAAGAGGCUCCACAGCCAAUUGCCACUCCGACAAAAGAGAAACAGCCGUGCUCAGAUAGAUACCGAAUAUACAAAGCCCGGAAACUGAGGGAAAUGUUAAAAGAAGAAUUGAGAAAAGAGAAGAAACAAUGGAAAAACAAAUAUGCUAUAAAUGAAAGUCAGAGGCCACCAGAUCGUUCAAAAAUGACUAUGAGAGACUUCAUAUAUUAUCUACCAGAUAAUAAUCCAAUGACCUCUUCACUGGAACCGGAAAAGAAAACCGAAAAGCCAUUGACUUCAGUCCAGAAAAAAGAGCAGGAAGGUAAGAGAACUCCUAAUGCUGAAGAUAAUGAAAUGGAAGAAGAGACAGAUGAUGGGGCAUUACUGGUUCCUCGAGUAAAAGUGGCAGAAGAUGGUUCUAUUAUUUUGGAUGAAGAAAGUUUAACUGUAGAAGUUUUAAGAACAAAAGGCCCUUGUGUUGUUGAAGAAAAUGACCCCAUAUUUGAGCGAGGUUCUACAACUACAUACUCCAGCUUUAGGAAAAACUAUUACUCUAAACCAUGGUCAAAUAAAGAAACAGAUAUGUUUUUUUUAGCCAUCAGCAUGGUGGGAACUGACUUUUCUAUGAUCGGACAGCUUUUCCCUCACAGAGCAAGGAUAGAAAUUAAGAAUAAAUUUAAACGUGAAGAGAAAACAAAUGGAUGGAGAAUAGACAAAGCAUUCCAGGAAAAGCGCCCUUUUGACUUCGAUUUUUUUGCUCAUUUGCUUCAGAAAGUUCUUGCUGAAGAAGAGAAAAGAAAACAAAAAUCUGUUAAAAAUCAUAGUUUAAAGGAGAAGAAAUCCACUAAACCACGGAAAAAUGUAAAAGUCAAAAAAGUUGCCUGUGAAGGAGUGAAUGAUGAUCCAGAUGAGUCUAUGAGUUCUAGAGUUUCAGACACAGAAAGAUCUCAGGAUGCUCAGACAGUUGAAGAAGAGUCUCUGACUUUAUCAGGGGAGGAUGCAGAACAGGUUGCAUUAGAAGUAGACCUAAAUCAAAAGAAACGAAGAAGGAAGAAUCAAGAUAAGGCUAAUGAACUGGAAGUAAACAAUCUUUUAGAAAAUGCCACUGUUCAGGCGGGUCCUUCUAAAGGAAAAAAACAAAAGAAUAAAUGUCAGUCUGUAAGGCCUGAGGUAAAGGAAGGCGAAUGUAGUAAGGAGCAGAUGCCUUCCAUAAAUGGCAUUGUGAGUUCUGCCUCCAGUGAAAAAGUUGAGAAAAGAACUGACCCCAUCCUUUCAUUAAGUAAUCAACAAGAUGUCAUAGCAGUAGCAACUGAGGCUUCAGAAUCAAGCACUCCAGAUUUGCCUUCAUUAGAAGUUGGAAUUAGAGCAUUGUGUGAGGUGAAUAAUGCUGUGGGUAGCUAUAGAGAAGAAAGAAAUAUUGACCUAAAAGAAAAGUCACUGGAAAUUGAUCAAACAGAAAAUGUUAAACCGAUGUUGAGAGGUCACUUCCAGAGACCUAAACCCAAUUUGUCAAGGGCUGGGAAGAAAUCAGUUCUUUCAGAAGGCAAAACAGAGGCAGAGAGCAAGAAUUCACACUCAGAAAUUUCUGUUGAAAAGAACCACAUGGAAAAGGAUAAAAUGAAUACUUUGGACAUUCUGAGAAUGGAGACUACAGAGAGAGAGACUCCAGAAGCUGAAACUGUAUCUAUUGUGGGUGAAAAAAAGUGUCUGCAGGAAGGUAAUCAACUAAAGGCGUUCAGACCUGCACAAGUGAGGGGCCGAUUGCAAAAGCCAAAGCCAAAUGUAGGUAAAGCUGCUAAAAGAAAAGAAAUUCUCAUAUCACAGCAAGAAAUUGGGGCCAAUGUAGAAAUGAAUGAAAAUGAAUCCUGUGUUGAUAGAGAUGAAAAGAAUCAAAAUGAAUCCUGUGUUGGUAGAGAUACUUCUCAACACAUGGAAGAUCAAUCGUGUAAAGAUUUUGAAGAGGAAGAUGUCAUAUCUGAGAAAAAUGAUUCUUUGCAAAACGUGCAGCCAGAUGAGCCCAAAGUUCUUAAUGAAUGUCCAAGCGUUCAAGAGAAUAAUAAAGCAAAUAAACGUGACCAAGUCUCAAUUCUAAGGACUCGAUUUCAGAAACCAAAGCCAAACAUAGGAAGAAGAACUGGAAGAAGAGAAAUUUCUUCAAAGGAAGAGGUACUAGAGAAGAUUGCUGUCUCUGGGGAAAUGACAGCAGCAUUGAGAGAAACUAUAACACCAAAUACCUCACCAAGGGAGAUGGUAGCAGAAGGUAUUAGUACUACUAAAGAAAUGCAGUCAGAUUUAAAAGAAUCUGGAAGAAGAGCCAUUUCUCCCAGGGAGAAGACUGUAGAUGUGAUUGAUGUCAUCAUGAAAAUGGAGACAGGUUUGAAAGCAGCUGGAAGGGAGAUUUCCCCAAAGGACAAGACACCAGAGAUGAUUGAUACCACUAAGGAUGUAGACAAAGAUUUGGAAGAAACUGGAGGAAGAGAAAUAUUCCUAGAGGAAAAUGUCCCAGAGGAAGUCAAGCCUAUAGGUGAAAUGGAGACAGAUUUGAAAGCAACUGGAAGAGAGAGUUCCUCAAGGGAGAAGACACCAGAGGUGAUUGAUGCCACUAAGGAAAUAGACAAAGAUUUGGAAGAAACUGGAAGAAGAGAAAUAUCCCCACAGGAAAAAGGCCUAGAGGAGGUCAAGCCUUUAGGUGAAAUGGAGACAGAUUUGAAAGCAACUGGAAGGGAGAUUUCCCCAAGGAAGAAGACACCUGAGGUGAUUGAUGCCACUAAGGAAAUAGACAUAGAUUUGGAAGAAACUGAAAGAGAAAUAUCUCCACAGGAAAAAGGCCCAGAGGAAGUCAAGCCUAUAGGUGAAAUGGAGACAGAUUUGAAAGAAGUUAGAGAAGAAAUUUCCCAAAGGGAAAAGGGGCUAGUAGAGAUCAGUGCUGUAAGGGAAAGGGAGAUUGAUUUGAAAGAAACCGGAAAAAAAGGCAUUUCCAUGAUGGAGAAAGUAUCAGGAGAUAUGGCUGCCAUUGAAGAAAUGGAGGCAGAUUUGAAAGAAACUGGAAUAGAAAAUUUUAGAGAGAGUGGAUCUGAAGAGAUCUGUGUUACUGAGGAAACGGUGGCAGAAUUGAAAAAAACUGGAAAAACAGACAUUUCUCCAAGGGAAAGUGAGCUAGAGGAGACCAGUACCUCAAGACAAACUGAGACACAUUUAAUGCAGAGUGGUAGCAGUGACUGCAGUGCUAUGCCUUCACUAGAUAUUAAAAACAUCAGCAGCGAAGUACUGUCGAUGAUGCAUACACCUGUAGAAGAAAAAAGAAGUCCUGAAAAAGAAGUAUCAAGUAGCUUAAGUCAUUUCAAGGUUUCUUCACAGACUCAUGAAUCUGAUAAAACCAAAGUCCAGGGGCUUCGAUCUCCAGAUGUUUCAGAGCAGUUUUCAGAUAUUAAUUUAAGCAAAUCUCUUCCUCAAGAACAGAAGCCACUUGAAAUUAAACCAGCACCUUUUGUGAGAAGUCGAUUCAAAAGACCAAAACCAAACUUAGCAAGGGCAGCUUUGAAGAGAGAGACUACAGAAUCAGAAACAUGUCUAUCUGGGAAGAAAUCAGAAACCAAGAAAAUGAAGACUAUUGUGAUGCAAGAGAAUAAUGAACAACCUGAUACUGUCCCUUUUCAAUAUGAUGAAACUUCCCUAAUGAUAUCAAGAGAAAAAGACACAUCAGGUCACAGGAAUGAGGAAGCUGUGAUAUUGCCAUGUAUACAGACUGAAAAUAACCUUUCACCUUCAAAUUCUUGUGAACCUAAAGAGGACUCUCAGUCAGCACAAGCCCAGGAAAAUGACUUCGUUGUUUCUGUGGGGACUAAUAAUAUAAACACUUCCCAGCAAGAAAUGAAGGAAAGUGUCAUUCCACCUGCUCGACCAGUAAGAGGCCGACUUCAGAGACCGAGACCAAAUGUAAGAAAGACAGGACAAAGGCAAAUAGUAGAAAAAAGUGAUGCCAAAGGCAUAAUUAAGGAAGAAAGAACAAUAUUACAAAGGGAUGAAAGUGAAAAGAAAGUGUUAAUUGUGUCAAAUUCUCAAAUUGAAACAGAAAUUGAAAUUCCAUCCUCCACAGUUUCAGAAUACAGAAUGUAUGAAAAUCAAAGUCAGGUGGUUCUUGUAGAAAACCUUCAUGUUAACAAAACAAAUAAAACAUUCAGCCAUGAAAAUAAACCGUAUGUUCCUAGUCCAGUACAAAUGACAAGAAGGAAAUUUCAAAAGGCUAAGCCAAAUUUGGCAAGAGCACAAAGCAAGAAAGAGGAACCAGUUUUAGAAAAAGGUGCAACAGAUCAGAGCAAGGCAGGCAAGCCAGAAGAUCAUUUGCUGCAGAAAGGAGAUUCCAACACCCAGUUCCUUCUAAAAGAAAAAACUGAGCUGCUGACAUCUCUGGAGGUUUCAGCAAGAAAAGAUUAUGUAGGUUCUAAAGAGUCUGCUUUGGCAAAACUAGAUGCUGAAUUAGAAGUUGGACCAUCAAGAAGGGUUGGAGAGGAAACUGUAGGAGAUAAUUCAGUAUCUUCAGUUGUUCAAGAGCAGCUCAAUAAACUAACAAGCUGUCCACAACCGUUAAAAGAAUCAAAUUACUCAAAAAUUGCCCCAGAUGGGAAAGCCACUAUCUCUUCUGCAUCAGAGUAUGAGAGAAAUCAUGGUGAAAGGAGGAUGCCUAGAAAGAUCAAACCAAAUGUCACCAGAGGUCGUGGAUCUAAACGAGUUCGGGGUAAGAACUCUAAGAAGGAACCUAGAGCUCCCAAGGCCAUGCUGGUGACUCUUCGGGCUUCCCAGGAAGAAGAAGAUGAUGCUGAUGAUUUCGAGUCUGACUAUGAAGAAGAAAGCUAUCAUCUUGCUCCUGAAGAAGUAAACAAAGCUCCAGUGUUUGUACCUGUUGGUCUCAGAUCUCCGGAACCUGUUUCUGCUCAGAUUGAGGAAACAAUGGAAGAGCUUGAAAUAACCGUGAAUGUCCGAGAUGUAGGAUCCAUAGCUGUUGUUGAACAUCAGCUCCCAAACACAGAUGUGACUACUGAAGAAAUGAAACAAGAAGAGAAUUUGAAUGCACCAUCAUUUGAAAUGACCACAGGUGAACAUAUCCAAGAUGAACCAGGUACCAAUGAUGGAAGCACUGAAGCUGCAAUAACUUUACUUACAAUGGGAGAUCUAGUAUUGCAGUCAGAGAUCAGUACUGAACAGGAUGAUGUAGGAGUAUGCAUACUUCCUCAUGUUCAUUCAAAGGAUAAAAGCCAUAUUCCUUUUAGCCUAGAAAAUGUAAAUCACAGAAUUGUUCAUGAAUGUCAGGAGCUUUCUUCACCUGUCAUUACUACAUCUCUUCCAUCAUUUGAAGAAGACAAGAUUGUGUUGGAGGAGCAAAGUUCCAGAAAAGAAAUUAGUUUAAUGGAGAACCUAAAGGAGAAUGCUACACCAACCAGGAAUACAACUUCUAAAGUGACCAGUAAUUCGAGAUUAAGUAGAUUUGCCAAGCCUAAACCACAUCUUGAGAAGAUUUUAGGGACCAACAGGUUAGACGAUUAUCAGGAAGUUUCCAGUUUGUGUGUAACCAAAGGGGAAGAACUGGAAGCUCAAAGAGAAACAGAGAAAAAUGCUUCCAAAGCAACAGAAUUGGAAGAUAAAAACCUUGGACCAGUUACAACAGCAGAGAAUAAUGAGCAGAGCAAAUUGGCGUUUGUACCUGGUAUCAAAGGGACCAGUAUUCCUCAAGAAGUAAACCUAACUGAAAGAAAUGAAAAUCAAGACGAGAGUUCUCAAGAGGUUCACAUGUUGUCAGUUGCUCCAAUUGCUUCCUCUGAGACAGGGCCCCGCACACUUGGUUUGGAUAGGGGUCUUGGUGAAAAUUCUGUUGAAGAGCCCCAGAUAAAGGACUCUAAAGGAGACAGUGUACUUACACUUCCUGUGCCAGAGUAUACACCAACGAGUAUUCCAGAAGUCCAACAAGAGAAUGUAAUCAAUCCUCAAGACCUAACAGUGAAUCUAGUUGCUAAUAUAUCUCAAGAUGGAGAAGAUGAACAAGCAUUUAUUUUAACUCUGGUGGAAAUCCCAACCAAUGCAGUAGAAGAAUUUACUGAUGCCGCUGCACAGUUAAUGCCAAACCCUUUACUGCCAGCUCCCAUAUUGGUCAAAUCAGUGACUACUGAAGAAAGGGGUGAUGUGAGUAUUUGUUUACCAACAACUUCAGUUGGUCAGGAUGCCAUGGGUUUAUCUAUUACUGGAAGAGGUGAUUCUAAAAAGCCUUCUGAUAAUUUGGAUCUUGUAUCCAGGAAGAGAUUUCAUUGCAGGCUUGAUGAAAAUGACCACAUUCCUCCUGCCAAAAAAUGUUUUCUCACUUUCAGAGAUGAUUGCCAAGAAUAUACUUCUGAGGUGCACUCAAAGGAAUUAACAAGUGUUGUUAAGGAAACAGGGGAGUCUCCCAAGGGACAAGAUAUUUUUCCUACCUCAGGAAGCACACUGACAACUCCAGAACAUCAAAAAGAGCAAGUUGAACCAGAUUUUCAGAGUAUAGUAUCUAGAUCUCCUGAUAGAUGCAUAGAGAAGAAUGUGCCUCAGUUACCUCAGAAUGAAAUGUUUGUGUCUGAUAAGGAAGAAAGAACUGAUGCUGCUCCUAAGUCUGAGCAAAUGGAUAAAACAUCAUCUUCAAAAGCCCCACUAUCCAGACCUGGCAGAAGACCCCUGGGAUUUUUGUCUUUAAUAUGUUCAAAGAAUAGUUUGGAGUCUGAUGAACCUACUCAGUUUCAUAAUAAAAAACGGCUAAAGCCUCUUAUACCUGCAUUAAGGCAGAAAUUUAAAAGAUCCAAUCCAGUCAAUGAAAGCCAGAAAAAAAAUGGAGAGUCCUCUGAUCCACUUCCAUCUCCAAGUGUUAUUAAUACUCAAUCUGAGAAUAUUAGCAGUUCAGCAACUAAGGUUUCUUGUGAUCAGCCCUUACUGAAAGGAUAUAAAAGUGGCCAAAAGUGGGCCCCUGAAGGGGAGCCAACCACAGUCUCUGAAUAUUUCUUCAAUGAUAUCUUCAUUGAAGUGGAUGAAACAGAAUGAAACAAUCUUUUGUCUUUUUCUUUUUAAAAUUAAGUCUAGGAUUUCCAGAGUCAGUUACAUCAACAAAACAGUAUUAGAGCAAAACAUCACUAUUUUUCUUUAGGUUGAUUUUGAAUAUUUAAUGAGCUUGAUUUGAAGCUUUUAUAAUCAGUGGAAAACAUUUCUGAGGUUCCUUUCAUUCUGAUUGUUUCAGCAUUUUGCAAAUAGCAAGCGAUUAAGACUGCUUUCUCAGACAGAAAUAAUAACUCUUGUUUACAUUUUGACUCUUCCUGUGCUAAGCACACAUGGACAUUUGGGAAUGUUGUGGAUAUGUCUCUAUAUAAACUGCAGUGCAGGCAGAUUUGGGGGUUGAUUGUAUCAUAUUUAACACUUAGCAACUUCUUUUUUCUUUUUUAAAUUUUUUAUUUUUAUUUAUUUUUUUUCACUUAGAAAUUUCUUCUGUGAAUUUUUUUUUUUUUUAAUUUUUAGGGGGAAAUGAUGAAGGAUGAAGGCCUUUUCAGUUGCUUCUAAGUACAGUCAUGUAUCGCAUAAUGAUGUUUAAGUCAGUGAUGGACCACACAUACGACAGUGGUCCCAUACAAUUAAAAUGGAGAAAAAAAUUCCUAUCACCUACUGACAUUAUAGCCAUCAUAACACAGUGCAUUGCAUUUUUAUGUUUAGGUAUGUUUAGACAGACAGACACUUACUAUUGUGUUACAGCUGCCUACAGUAUUCAGCAUAGUGACAUACUAUGUUAGAGGUUUGUAACAUACGAUCACCUAACAAGGCAUUUCUUAGAACAUAUAGUUAAGGGACACAUGACUGUAUAUGAAAACAAAUUGUCAGACUCCAGUUUAGUAUGGUAAAUGUUAAAAAACAUUUUCAUUAUCAGCUGUUUGUCUGACUGAAAAAUACAUAUUUUUCUAAUUCAUAGUGAUGUAACAUUAGUCCUAAUUGAAAAAUUAGUAUUUAAACAUAAUUAUUUAUAAAGAUGACACAUCAAAGAGCUUAUUUAUUUUUAAAUUUUUACUUAAAAGCUUAUUCCAUUUUAGCUCUUUUUACCCUCGGAUUGUAGAUAGAGAAGGCAUUAACAAAUUUGUUUGUUUCUUCUUUCUCUUUAAUUUUAAAGAUAUUUAAAAUGAUAUAACUAAAAAUGGUUGGCUAGUUAUAUGUUUUGAAUACCUUUUUUUCCCUCAGUUUAGUAUAUUGAUUUUGUACUGUGAAAUUUUCUGUUUUUCUUAUUUCUUGGAUAAUCAGGAUUUUCAUGAGGGUAAGGGAACUCAACUUUAUUUAUGAGACAAAUUUCCAUAAAGAACUCAAUCUCCUCUAUACACACACAGACAUAUAUUAGUUUUUUAAAAGCCAAUUUCUUAAUAGUUUUUUUCCCAUUAAAUUCUCAAGAAACACUUAGAUCGGCUGGUUGUGGUGGCUCACGCCUGUAAUCCCAGCACUUUGGGAGGCAGAGGCGGGCGAAUCACCUGAGGUCAGGAGUUCCAGACCAGCCUGACCAAUAUGGAGAAACCUCGUUUCUACUACUAAAAAUACAAAAUUAGCCAGGCGUGGUGGCACAUUCCUGUAAUCCCAGCUACUCGGGAGGCUGAAGCAGGAGAAUCGCUUGAAUCCGGGAGGCGGAGGUUGCGGUGAGCCAAAAUUACGCCAUUGCACUCCAGCCUGGGCAACAAGAGCAAAACUGUCUCAAAAAAAUAAAAAAAAAAAGAAAAGAAAAGAAAGAAACACUUAGAUAUUUAAGCACGGAAAAGAAAAGAAAGAAACACUUAGAUCUUUAAGCACGGAACGUAAUUGUGAUGUUAAAAACAGAAAAUAAGACUUUAUGAAGUUAGCUAUUAUCCAUAUAAAUUUAAGGUUUUUUUAAAUUUCAAGAUUUGAUGAUUUACAGAUGUAAUUCUAUUAUCCACCCAAGCAGAUUGAACAGCAAAUUUAUUUUGAUUUUAUUUGAAAAACCUCUUGGAUUGAUAAUAUAUUAGUUCAGGAGUUGGAAACUUUCUGUAAACUAUUUUGGGCAUGCAGGCCAGGUGGUCUCUCUGGCAGCUGCUCAGCUCUGCAAUUUCAGUGUGAAAGAAGCCAUAGGCAGUAUUUGAAUGAAGUCCUGUGGCUGAAUUGGCCUUUGAGUUUGACCCCUACCCCAAAUUUUCUUACCUAAGGUGCUGAUGUCUAUAUGUAUGAAUUAUUUGUCACUGAAGUUAUGAAUUGUGCCUAAAAGUUAAAACUGUGUCGUUUGUAUUAUGUAAUGACCAGUAUUUCAAUUGAAAAGAUAUUUUAGAGUCUAGAUAAUUAUGUUUUAAUUGAAAAAAUGGUGGCCAGUUUUUAAAUCCCUUAAUAGAAGAGAAUUAUAUCUCAGCAGGUGUAAUAGUAAUGCUAAUUUAUUGAAACUACUGCUGUUAGAGCUCUUCUUUAUUGACUUUUGAUGAAAUUUGCAGCUUAACAUUUUGUCUGAGACAAGGCUAUAUGAUUCUGAGUGGAAAUUGUCUUUAAGUAGGCAUUUGUUUCAUGAUUAAUAUGUCACAGAAAUCAUGGUAGAAAAUCACAUUGCUAUUUUAAUGUCCUGUUUUUGUAAGUUUUUAAAAUUCAUAUUCUGAAAAGAUGUCAUUCUCUUAGUGUUAGCUUGGGAGUUAGAUUCCCAUGAUUAAUUAUUACUUAUCCUUGUGUAAUAUGAAUUUUUAACUUUAUUAUCUGUCUCUCUUUAAUCUAUAAUAAGCUAGUUUUAUGGAAGGUAGAAUUUCUUACUAUAUAAAGAAUACAGGGACUCAUUGUAUUAGAGAAUCAAGUCAGCCAGCUAAAUUAUCCUAUUGGUAUAGCCUUAAACCUAAUUUUGGAAAAGAGAAAGUUAAUCAGCGUAUUUACCUUAUAUGGUAGAAAGAACUGUAUUAGGUCUGAUUCAUGUAAAGAAGAUGUUGCAAAGAAUUUUUUAAUUAAUCUUAAAGGAGAUAUGAUUAAAGGUUUUUAUCUUGACUUUUUCUCCUGAACACUUACAUCUUAGCAAGUGAUCAACAUGAGGGUUUGAACACCUAAUUGUUGGUAAAUGGUUGAGGCAUGACAAAAAUAUUAAUAUCCACUGUUUACCAUCAUGUUAUUUGAAACAAAAGUGACCUGUAUACUAUCUUGCUUGAAGAAGUCUUUGACAAAAAAAAAAGCAAUAUCAUGUCAUUUAUAAAUUUUCUUGUUCUAAAGAAAGCAGUUUUAUAUAUAUAUAUAUAUACACAUAUAUAAAUUAUGUAAAUAAAAGUUAUUUUAUACCA